UCUCUUCUUUUCACAAUUCGCACCACAAAUCUCUCUCUCUCUUUCUCUCUCUCUUCCAUCCAUUGAUUGCGUCGUUAUCUUUGUAGCGUGAGGGAUCACGCGGUUCCAGACUAGUAUUCUGAUUCCAGCUUUUGUUUCUAUUCUCCACCGACAAAUCAAAAAUGGCGAACGGAGCCGGUAGAUUGGAUCUGGACGGCAGGCCGAUUAAGCCGAUCACGAUAUGCAUGAUUGGCGCCGGAGGUUUCAUCGGCUCUCACCUCUGCGAGAAGCUGAUGACCGAGACCCCUCACAAGGUCCUCGCGCUCGACGUCUACAACGAUAAGAUCAAGCACUUGCUCGAGCCUGACACGGUUGAAUGGGCCGGGAGAAUCCAGUUUCAUCGUAUCAACAUCAAGCAUGAUUCUAGACUCGAGGGACUUAUCAAGAUGGCAGAUCUGACGAUAAAUCUCGCUGCGAUCUGUACUCCAGCAGAUUACAAUACGCGUCCCCUUGACACUAUCUACAGCAAUUUCAUCGAUGCUCUCCCGGUGGUUAAAUACUGCUCGGAGAACAACAAGCGUCUUAUUCACUUUUCCACUUGUGAAGUGUAUGGAAAAACUAUAGGAAGCUUUCUCCCGAAAGAUCAUCCUCUGCGUCAGGAUCCUGAAUUUUAUGUACUCAAAGAAGAUACCUCCCCUUGCAUAUUUGGUUCUAUUGAGAAGCAGAGGUGGUCAUAUGCUUGUGCGAAACAACUGAUUGAGAGACUUGUCUUCGCUGAAGGGGCUGAGAACGGACUUGAGUUUACCAUUGUAAGACCGUUUAACUGGAUCGGACCUAGAAUGGAUUUCAUCCCUGGCAUUGAUGGUCCUAGCGAGGGUGUCCCUCGUGUCCUAGCCUGCUUUAGCAACAACCUCCUGCGGCGUGAGCCUCUCAAGCUUGUGGAUGGUGGAGAAUCACAGAGAACUUUCAUCUACAUCAAAGAUGCUAUUGAAGCUGUCCUUUUGAUGAUUGAAAAUCCAGAGAGAGCCAAUGGGCAUAUCUUCAAUGUAGGCAACCCAAACAAUGAAGUGACCGUAAGACAGCUUGCUGAAAUGAUGACUGAGGUCUACUCAAAAGUGAGCGGAGAGACAGCUAUAGAGAGUCCAACGAUAGACGUGAGCUCCAAAGAAUUUUAUGGAGAAGGUUAUGACGACAGCGACAAGAGAAUCCCAGACAUGACCAUCAUCAACCGUCAACUUGGAUGGAAUCCGAAGACGUCUCUUUGGGACUUGCUUGAGUCGACCUUAACUUACCAGCACAGGACCUAUGCGGAAGCCGUUAAGAAGGCCACUUCAAAACCAGUCGCAUCUUAGAGGUCAUCACCUCGAAUCAUUUGGUGGCUACCGUUCCUUUUUUUUUUUUUCUAUAUUCACCCAACAGAAACCUUUUAUUCCCUUUAAAUAGGCUAUUCUAAGCGCAUGAUAUAUCACGGUGGUUGGUACUACUUUACGUGUUAUUGUUAUAUAGUAUUAUUACUGUUAAUGUUUUUGAAUUCGUUGUUGAAGCUUUAUAUCUUUGUACUUGUUCGAAACUAAAAAAGGGAAUGUUUUGUUCAAACUUCAAA